UCGGUGUCUGUCUGGCUGUUGCUCUGGCUGGCAGUCUGCUCCCCUAGCCCUGCCUAUUCCUGCCCCAGGCUGUGUGUCUGUUACCUCUCCCCGAUGACGGUCAGCUGCCAGUCUCAGAACUUCUCGGCGGUGCCGGCCGGCAUUCCCUACGACAGCCAGAGAGUGUUCCUCCAAAACAACCGCAUCACAGAGCUGCGGGCGCAGUCCUUCGGCUUCCAGACACAGGUCCUGUGGCUCUACUCCAACAACAUCUGCUCCAUCAAACCAGAUUCCUUCAGCGACAUGCGAGAUCUCGAGGAGCUGGACCUGGGGGAUAACCCCUCCCUGCGCACCCUCCAUCCUGACUCCUUCCGGGGGCUGGACAAGCUGCAGAGCCUGCACAUAUACCGCUGCCAGCUGGGGACCCUGCCCGGAAACAUCUUCAAAAAACUCUACAGCCUGCAGUUCCUUUACCUGCAGGACAACCUGCUGCACCCCUCUCAGGACAAUCUCUUCUCAGACCUGGUGAAUCUCACUCACCUCUUCCUCCACGGCAACCGAAUCCGAGUCCUGUCCGAAAAUGUCUUCAGAGGGCUGGUCAACCUGGACAGGCUCCUCCUCCACGAGAACCGAGUGCGACAGGUCAACCGCAAAGCCUUCAGAGACCUGGGUCACCUCACCACCCUGUUCAUCUUCAACAACGCCCUAACAGACCUCCCUGCUUCGGCCCUCUCCGAUCUCUCGUCCCUGCAGUUCCUCAGACUCAACGGAAACCCCUGGAGCUGCUCCUGCCAGGCCCGCCCUCUCUGGGAAUGGUUCCGUCAGGUCCGGAUCUCCAGCUCCGAGCUCCUCUGCGCCGGUCCCGAGGAGAGGAAAGGUCUAGAUUUGAGGUUCUUGAGAGAAAUCGAUUUCGCUCCCUGCCCCAUGCUGCCUUACUAUCCGAGAGCCCGCGUCACUUACACCUUCAGCACCAGAACGAGAUGGUGGUUCCCCAAAUCGGGCAAGGCAAGCGGGGGGAAUUCGGACAAAUCUAAAGGCUUGGAUGGAAAGAAAGGACAACAGCAAGACAACAGUUACAUCAGUCCAGAUAAAAGUCAAACCAAAAGUUACGAAGCUGAGUCCACAUUGACGAAAGUUAAAGAGCAAGACUACUGGGAGAAAUAUGAAAACAAAGACUCCACUAUUUGUUGUUACAAGUUGGAUUGUUUGAAAGAAGCAAACGGGAAAUCCAGAGGCCAACAGCAAAGACAACCGCACCUGGCUGUAGCGGUGUUGGAGGAAACGCAGUUCCGCCCACAACUCGCAGGCGACCGUUCGCCACAGGAGUCGCUGGAGCUUGUUGAGACAAUGAUUACCAAGCUGACCUAA